AUGAACUGCCAAUAUCAGGAUCAGUUCAACACCUUCAUUGGCAAGACGUCAGGAUCAGCCACGAAUGGACAGGCUGGUUUCAUGUUGUCAGAUGGCGAAGCAGGCUGGAGAAGCAGCGGACAUGGCAGCACAUAUCUGCAGCGGUGCCUCAUCGAUGCCGUCGUGCGCAUCGCCGACGAUGUUGACUUUGGAGGCGUUUCUCACUUCAGCCGUACCGGGCUCCUUGUUCAUGAGAUGCUCCCACAAAUGCCAAGAAGAUGA